AUGAGACAGGCACAACACGCGGCAAACGGCACAGCACAUGAGACAGGCACAACACGCGGCAACCGACACAGCCAUGAGACAGACAUAACACGCCGUAAAUGCCACAACGUAUGGGACAGGCACAACACGCGGCAACCGCCACAGCGCAUGAGACAGGCACAACACGCGGCAACCGCCACAGCGCAUGAGACAGGCACAACACGCGGCAACCGACACAACUCAUGGGACAGGCACAACACGCGACAACCGGCACAACGCAUGGGACAGGCACAACACGCGACAACCGGCACAACGCAUGAGACAGGCACAACACGCGACAACCGGCACAACGCAUGGGACAGGCACAACACGCGACAACCGGCACAACGCAUGAGACAGGCACAACACGCGACAACCGGCACAACGCAUGGGACAGACAUUACACGCGAUAACCGGCACAACGCAUGA